AUGAGCAGGUUCUUCCGCAAACUCCUCCACAUCCCGCUCAGUCGCCCCUUCUCUUCCUCCGCACUCCCCCGUCUUCAGUUCCGUAUCGCACGUCUCGGCCGUCCUAUGCUGUGCAACGUCGAAGUUCCUCCACCCUACGACAUGAGGCUUAAGGAUGCGCUGCGCGAGUCCGACGCGCUCACCCGCACGGCCCAAGUUCGCGAAAUCCUUCGGUCCGCGCAUCUUCUCUCAAACGAGCUCAUCCCCAUCGAUCCAGCCGAAAUAGCGACAGUCGAAGCAGAAGGAGAUCUUGACUUCCGUCUGGGCACGACUGAACACGUUGCUGUGUUGGGCGAAGGGUGGCUGAGGAGGAUGAUCGACGAAGCGGUCGGCAAGGCUAUGGAGAAAGUGACGGCAGAGAACAAUGCGGUGGCUGAGGAGCUCACAAAGAAGAUUGAGUCGGUCGAAUUGGCGGGACAGACAAAGAUUCAGUCGGUCAAAUUGGCGGGGCGGAAGCUCACCGAGGGGCUUGAAGAGGAUGUUGAGUCGAUAAAGCAUGUCCUGAUGGCGUCACAGAAGAGGCUGAUGUCCGCAAACGCCGUCAACCGCCUCGUGCUCUCCAAGGCGUUGGCCAAGGGGAUUAUCACCGUGUCGCAGCACAAACAUCUCGUACGCUAUGCUUCGGCAGGCGCUGUCCUCUCUCGACCCCUCACCAAAUCGGUUCGGCAGACGCUCGGUGCCCAGACGACCAGUCACUUGCGCACGUUUCUGAACGGCGACGAGAUCUCCCUUCUCGUCCGCACCGCCAGCCGACUCGCCCGUACGAAGGCCCUCACCAAGCUUCGAAACCGCAUUGCCCAUCCAAGACCUCCGCAGAGCAAGAAGCGCGACUUGAUCAAGAGCGAGCUCAUCAAGCAAGGUGCACGACCCGAGUGGGCUGAAGAACAGGCAAAGGCGGCAAUGGCACUCAUCUUCCGUGCGUUCGCUUCCGUUCCUGCUUGA